GCUUGUUUCAUGUGCGAUCGUCGAGGAAGGAAACUCCCGAAAGUGACACAGCAUGCAGCCUCUCGAGCUUACCACCACCAUCGCCACUCUACCAUACAGUAUGCACCUCACACGGCAGCGAUGGACAGGACUGCUUGAGGUGCAGCCAAGGGUCUGUACCACGGCACAAAGGCCCAUCUUACUCGGUCUCGCCCGCUCGGCACUUCACUCUGGCCGGACCUCUCCAUCACUUGCCCCGUUGGCGCUGCGGAUGGAACUUGAAGAGCCCUACAUAGUAUAUCCAUGUAUAAGCAAUUCCCGUGUGUGGCAGUCCACUACCGGUUGGGCCGUACCAUCCAGACCAGUCAGCAUGGCCUCUUUAUCUCGAGUGGGACAGGACCUCUCGACUUUGGGGGCACAGGGCAACACAGCCUCUCCAUCAGUCCAUUCAUCUUACCAGGGCACUUCCCUUCAGCUGUCAAGUUUCUUCAGUCUGGACUCCCCCACAUCCCUUCUCAAGCGCCGGAUCAUCGAUCUUAGUCCCGUCCUUCAUACAAACCUCACAUCGUGUGGUUAGAACCUUGAUGGUCUCAAGCAUCUAACAAAACAAUCUGACCUUCCGCAUCAUAUCUACCUCUUUUGUCUCUUGACAUUCAAUUGCUUAUCUUGGCUGUUGGGAUAAGCGGCCCAACCCAACCAUAUUUACUCGUAUCACUCACAUCAGGCUUCGUCAUUGCCAGCCUAGCCAGCAGCCAUGGCGUGGGAGCUUUCAUCAUGGCUCGUAGUCAUGCGGGCGUUCCAGAUCGCUGCCGCUCUGGUAGGAGCGACCACGAAUGGCUUCGUCACUGCAACCGUCCUCAAGAACGGACACCUUCAACUGACUAAAAGCAUGCUCAUCCCGGAGUUGUUGGUAAGCUCUCUAUCUGUAUGACCCUUGUCUAUGCUACACUCGUCGUCUUCAUUCAACAUAGUGGCCAUCGAUCGAGGAAGACGGGUUGGCUUUUCACUUUUGUUAUGGGUGAUAUCAUCUUUUGCGGGGUUGAUCUAGCAAUCAUCACCCUACUUGCUAAUGCUGGACUUCCAUCUCACUGCAGUGGAUUGGCUACCACCAAAGAGGAGGAUCAUCACAAGGUGUACAUACCUCCACCAGGUUUUACUACGCCUGGCUUUGCCUCUGGGUCUGUUGGAGAGAAGGGUCAACUCGACAAAUUUUGCGCUUUCGAACGGUCGUAUUAUGCUAUUGCUCUUGGACUUGUCUUCACUUACAUCGCCACCAUCAUUCUUACCGUUCUACGAAUUUUCGAGAGAAACUACACCGAAAAUUCCAAGUGCAUUGAAGUUCUUAACUCCCUCGAACGUGCCGAUACCCUGGAAUCGAAACACAGCGAUGCUUCCUCUCAAAUCAUCGAAGCCCCGAGACCACAUCCCGACCGAUCAGGACCGUCAAGUGAGGGUGUCAUCACCCGCACCGCUUCGAUCCGUAGUAACGUGACAGCAAUGACGUCCUCAACGGCGGCCGGAAAUGGUCCAUAUCUGUCCGGCGCAAUCCAGUCCAACGCUAUUCCACCACGAAGACCUGUGAACCAGAACGUGUCAGUACCAGCUCGCCAGCUAUCCGUGAGCACCGUCAGGAGCAACAAUACUUCCCGGCCAGGAGGGGCAAUUGCAAAUUUUGCCCCAGUAUCUCCUAUAGACGAAGGCGAGAUAGAUAUCGGGGCAGCCCUGGUAGCCGAUGGACCGCAAUACCGUGCUCAUCAGUCACACAACAACAUCCCACAUCAACAAUACCAACCGAACCAGCAACAUCAACCACAACGCCACCAUCAACGAAAUUUAACACAGGGAACGUUACCUCCCCUCGCCGAAAACGACAUCCUAAGCCCCGAAGUUGCUUUGUUGGCAGACGGGCCACAAUAUCGACCGAACCAACAACAGACUCAACACGGCCAACAGCAGCAACCACAACACCAGAACCUCUAUGACUUCCCUCGAAAUGUACCUCUAGUACCGCAAGGAGUAAGCCUACCCACACCGGUGAAAGGCGACUAUCUAGCUCUCGCGUCCGAUGGAGCAGCAGAUGGCGUACAGUAUCCUACAAUUCAACGACCGUUGAAUCAUCCGCUACCUCAACAGCUAUCUUCACAUAUAUCACAACCACAAGGGAUAUCAGCCCCCAUUGGAGGCGGCAUCGGCGGCGGUGAAAAGACCGAUUACUUAUCCCUAGCAGCAGACGGAUCAAGCGACAAUUCACGACAAUACCCAUUCAUUCAACGACAGCCACUUCACCACCACCACCACCACCGACAUAACCCCUCCCUCCAGCAAUCCGCGUUACCACCCUUUUCGGGACCGGGAGCCGGCGGGCCCGGAACGAAUUUCAUAUACCCCGAUAUCCCCACGAAUCCUCACAGCGGCAGCACAACACCCACACCGUCCUCUCGAAACAUCAACCCCAACUACGCCCCCGCCUCAACCGGCGGUCUGAACCUCGAACUCCGCUACGACGGCGGCAGCAGCAGCAAUACGACCUCAACAACAGCUCACACUCACACCCCGCCAUCACCAGAUCGGUACUCCAUUUCCAUGUCGGAUGUUAGUUCCGUGUCGACUGCGUUGCCGCCUUAUCAGCGGUAUGAGACGGGGAUGGAACCACAGCCACCAGCAGCACUAGCGAGUUAUCCAAGCCAGAGGCAGAGUCAGAAUCAGAAUCACGAGGCUAGACACUCAUCAUCGUCGUCAUCAAGGAGAAACGAGGACGAGGACGCGUUGUAAACGAACGAGAGAGAAGCAGCAUCUUUGAGAUGAUGGGGUACAGACUAUAAUAUAAGAGACAAAAUGAUCACAGAUGAACGGAACGGGAGAGAGAGGGACGGAAAAAUUGGUCUGAGAGUCUCUUGAACAACGAUGAACGACAACACAAACAUUGGAAAAAAAAAACAACGAGACUGGGAAUACGGGAACUUCAUACGGUUAUACGAAGUUUUUCUUGGUUCUUUUUUUUCUUCCUUUUUUUUUUUUUUCUUUUUUUGGAUUUUUUUUUUUUGGAAUAGGUAUUACCAUUAAUUAUUUUUAUUUUUUGGAGCGUUGAACGCCCUUUCUUGUUUCUAUUUUCCCUUUUUUUCCUUUUUUCUUCCAUAUGUUCUUACCCGCUGGGAAGGGAUAUUAACCUACCUAUUUACCUACCUCUAAACUUCUUGUACAUUUAUCUACUCUGGGAAUAUCUUUCCUAUUCAAUCAGACCUUUUUUUUUUCUUGUUUCGGGAUGUGGUACAGAAAUUACCGCUGCUGCUGCUGCUGCUGCUGCU